AUGUUAGUCACCAAAGAGAGAAAUGGGUUCUUCUCAAACACUUUCUGUAUGAUCAUGAACAUAGGGAAAUGCUUGUAGAGAAAUGGGUUCAUAUCUUCAACUAGCUGCAUCAAGUCACCGAUAUACCCUUAUAACCGUAGCCAUAGCCAUAGCCGGAGCUCGUCGACUUGUUUAGCGUCGAGACUUCGAUGCAAUAUAGCCACCACACUUUUGAAGUGUAUGUAUACUUCAUUAGUUCUUGGCAGAUUGGGAACUGGUCUAGAUGGCUGACUGACCUGUUUGGUAUGGGCGACGAUGACUCACUUGAAGAUGAGAAUGACAAUUGUGAAGGUGAUGGACGAUAAGAUACAUCCUCUAAAUGUUUCCAUCUCCUUAAUGCAUUGAGUGAUCUUAUGAUGCUUCCCAAGGAUAUCCUCUUGAGUACCCCUGUCAGGAAAGAGGCAUGUCCAACAUUUGGAGCACCGUUGAUCAAGAGAGUUCUUGACAAUUUUGUCCCUGAUGAGUUUUGCCCUGAUCCAGCUCCUGAUGUUGUGCUAGGACCCCUGGAUGCAGAGGAAGAGGAUCCGGCCGAAGCGAGAGAGGGAUCUGUCACAAACUUCCCAUGCGCUGCAGCUCCUCCAGUGUAUACAGCACCUUCAGCAUCUUCUGUUGCUAGCAUUAUUGGAGAAGGUGGAGCCCAACCUCAGCUGAGAAAAAAUGGGUCAUCAAUGCUGAGAAAAUCAUACACUAGUGAUGAUGAACUUGAUGAAUUGAGUUCACCCUUGGCUUCAAUAUUCAACGAUACCUUUCGGUCAGUAUCUGUUCCAUCAAAACCAAGCUGGAUAUCCCAUGGAAAUGGAUAUCAAAACGCUAUCAGGUGUGAACUCCUCCGAGAUGUAUGGUUUCAGUAAUUAGAGAUUGUAUCCACUAGGUGUAUGAUAAUUGACCUGUAAAUGAGUAAGUAAAAUUUGGUUUCACUAUUGUCCAGAAACCAUAGAUGUCACCGAAUAUGUAUUAGCAAAAAAAAUUUAUAAAUGAAAUUCUCAAAU